UCCUCCACAAGGAAGAUACUGACUUCACAACUUACUUCUUUUCUCCUUUUCUUCGAGCAAGACACAUUUUUACACCAUGUGGACCGCACUACUGGCUGUUGUCCUUUGUGGAAUGGCGUCAGCCGCACCACAAACAAAGUUCGCAAUCAACUACCCAGGCACCCUGUGGUGUGGUACCGGCACCCCUAACGCGGACCCGUACGAGCCCCAGCUCGGCAACCCUCCGACUGUGGACCGCUGUUGUCUCGCACACUACCUCUGCCCGGACUACAUCCCCGCUUGGACCAACAAAUAUGGCAUGACCAACAUGCGCCCCCACACCGUCACCAGUUGCGACUGCGGCCGUACCCUGUACGCUUGUCUCCAGGAUGAGUAUUACGACUCUAGAGACCCGGCCGUGCAAAAGGCAGCUGAAGAGGUUGGUUACCUGUUCAGCAAUGUUAUGGGUGCCUGUUUCGAGUGGGAGGGAACAGAUGGGGAACAGGCUGUUCCUGCCUACCUUCCUCUCUGGUCUACCAAGUAAAACUUGUGAGAGAAAAAAGGAAGAAACCUUGUGACAGAAGAAAAAUGGUCAUGCCAAAAUAAAUACUUCACUGCACGUGAUUUUUGUGGUUCAUU